GUGACUUUCCCCUUCCCCUUAUCCGCUGGGACGGUCAAGGAGGGAGUGGGAGCAGGCCGCUUCGUAGAAGCGGGAGGGAUUACACCUGUAAGAAAAAUGAUAAAUAGGAAUUAACAAAAGGAAAAACACUCUUACCGAACGACCCAAAACGGAAUAAAAGUUACCAAUGCCGGCGGCCAGAAGUUUGGAUGGGGUGAGAUAAGAGCGAAGGUUCUUGAGGCCAUCCAAAUGAAGCCGAUCAUAGUGACAGAGUAGAGCGGCAUCAAGUACUGGGGUAGUAUCCCGAACGGGAUAUGUGUUCCGUCGAUCAGGGAACGGAAGGGGCUCACCCACCCGAACAAAUAAGAAACGCUCCUCCCAUUUCUCACGGGGAGUGGGAUUUUCAGUAAACAAGGCCCAGUCAAUACGGGCAGUCAGCCGCAGGUACCCAGUGGUCUACUAGGGCUGAUAGCUGUAAUGAUACAAGAAAAGGUCGAUGUUCGGGGUAAUCCCCAGGUCCUGACACCGGACGAUGAAGCCGGUCAGAAUCCUAUAUGUGCUGGGCACGAACCGGCGUGUCCAUCCCUCCAAGAAGAACAAGUCAACGCCUUGGGUUUCCAAGGCCAUCAACAAAGGAGGUACGAUCCAUUCUCAAACUCUUACAACCCUGGAUUGAGGGAUCAUCCAAACUUGAGGUAUGAAAACCCUCAACAAUCCAACCCAUCUUCUCAAUCUAGUAUGUCAACUGAUGACAUGAUCCGAACUUUGACCUCAAACAUGGUUACCAUGUAACAAAACAUAGGACAAUUUCAACAAACCAUGACACAAUUUCAACAUGAGACAAAGUCAAGCAUUAAUAAUUUGGAAACUCAAGUUAGCCAAAUUGCAAAUGCGUGAGCCGACUUGAAGCAAAAGACUCGGGUAAACUCCCAUCUUAAAUGGAGCACAAUCUGAGACAACAUGUUAAUGCGAUCAUGUUGAAAAGCGGAACGACGUCAAAACCAAUACAAAUGGAGGAUGAAAAGGUUGAGAGGGUUGACCUUGAAGAAGAAGUACCCGAAGAGAAGACCACAAAGGCCAAAUUCCCACCAUUGUCAUCAUACGAGUCACUCCCACCAUUCCCGAAAGCACUCAAAGAAACAAGGAAGCUGGAGAGAAAUGCGGAUAUCUAUGAAACCUUCACCAAAUGUGAGGUAAUUAUUCCACUCCUUAACUUAAUUAAAAGUGUCCCUCGAUUCGCUAAAUUUUUAGAAGAAUUAUGCACAAUCAAGAGGACACAACACUCAAAUGGAAAACAACCAAUUGAAAUUAGUGAACAUGUCUCGGCAGUUUUUGAAAAGAAACUCCCCAAAAAAUGUACUGACCCGGGCAUGUUCACUAUACUGUGCAAGAUAGGAGACACCAUUUCUAGGGCCAUGUUAGACUUAGGGGCAUCAAUUAACGUGAUCCCCUAUACUCUUUAUAAUUCUUUGAACCUUGGCCCUUUAAAUAAAACCGGUGUCAUAAUUCAACUGGCCGAUAGAUCAACUGUUUCCCCAAAAGGGAUAGUGGAAGAUGUACUAGUUUCGGUAGGUGAUCUAGUGUUUCUUGCCGAUUUUUACGUACUUGAAAUGGAGAGUGAUGAACACGAAGUCCCUAUUUUAUUAGGGAGACCAUUUUUACAAAUUGAUAAUUCAACAAUUAAUGUUUGUAGUGGACUUUUAAUUAUGGAAUUUGAUGGAAGAAAAAUAGAAUAUAACAUUUAUAAUUCUAUUUAAAAUCACCCUCCAUUUAAAAAAUCAAUCUUGAUCAUUGAGGAAGCACUAGAUAAAUCACCAUUAAUCGAACCUCCAAAUCAUGAAUUGAAAUCACUGGCGGUUGAGGUGGUGGCAAGAAAGAAAGCUCGGCCUUACUGGAAAAGGUCGAAAAAAAUAAAAUUAAAAAAUGGCCAAACAGGGCCUUGAAUAAGGAGAAAAAGGAUGUUCAUGAUCCCACGUAAAACUAAAAAAAAAAGCAUGUUGUGCCGCGACGUUAACUAAGACGCUUCUUGGGAGGCAACCCAAGUAAAGGUACGUAAUUCUUUCCAAUUCUUUUUUUUUCAUUUAGUUUGAAUGUCAACUUUGAGAGAAUGAGGAACAAUUCUCCAAAGAAAGGGGAGAGAAAAAUCAGGUUUUGAGAGCUCAGGGAAACCUCCGAUCGGGCAUAAUCACCUCCCCAUUCGGAUCCAAGCAAAACAAAACUCCAGGAUGCCGUACCCGAUCGGGUAACACCCCUCACCCGGUCGGGUGCAUAUGAAAAAAGAAAGGUUGAGGAUAGGUACCUUAUACUCGAUCGAGCCUGAAGUGAAAAAAUAACCGAAUACCCGAUCGGGUAUACCAUUGACCCGGUCGGGUAUAUUAAUUCACCCAUAUACCCGGUCGGGUGAAUUAAUUUUAAAGGCUGAGAAUUUCCACGGCGCAUUUUACCCGAUAGCAUAGCACCCCUACUCGAACGGGCCCGACCCCGGAACAAGAGCAAAUGAACUUAUACCCGAUCGGGUAUAUUGGGGUACCUGGUCGGGUACACGAGCUUUAUACCCGAAUCUGACCCCCAAAUCAGCCACUUCUGCUUCCCCAAACCCGUCACUUCAUCUUCUCCACCCCCACAUUUUUGAACUCCCUCUCCAAAAUCCCCCAUUUCUCAAUCUUCUUUCUUCAAUUUCUCCCUCAUUACUCACCCAAAUUCAUCCAAACUACUACCAAAUCACUCCCCUCAAAAUCCUUUACAAUAAAACACCCCAAAAAAAAAAUCCAUCUCCCCUCAUGAUUACCAAAAAACCGAAACCCUACCUCCUAGCCCCAAAUCUGAAUUUCAAGCUUCCAACAGAGAAUCAAUGGCACCGAAGAGAGAUAGGGGAGAAAGCUCAACUGCAAGGGGGCCAAUUCAAGACUACGAGGAUGUUCGUUUUAGCCCAAUUAUGACAGAGACGAGCACUAGGGACAAUGUUUCGAGCUAAGUGAGGAGGAGUCACUCAUUGGACAUCAUUUAAUCUCUUAGAAAUGAAAAGAGGAGAAGAAAACAGAUGACCAUAGAAGGCCAUGAAACCCAAGACGAUAUUGUUCGUUGAGCAAAACACUCAAUAUAAAACUCAUGUUUUAUCCUUGGUGGUCUUUUGCUUUUUCUUGUUGAUUGUUGAACUUUUUAGAACUUGGAAAUGUUAAACAUUUGACUUUACUCGAGGACGAGUAAAGAAGCUAAGUGUGGGAGAGUUGAUAUUCGUGUAAUUUCCGAUUGUAUGUUUGUAUUUUUAACUAGUUUUUAUUAGUUUUAGUUGUGGAAAUUACACACUUUUGGUGUAAUAUUUUAUUUUCAUAAUUAUUUGUAAUUUGUUUAGAUUAGGACUAUUUUGAGUUAAACAAGUCAAAGAUCAUCCAAGGGAUCAAGAUUGGACCUUAAAAGAUCAAGAAAAGUGCAAGGAGACAAGAACGAUUUCGAUUUGGAAAAAAUGCUCAUGUACCCGGUCGGGUAUUGCCUAUACCCGAUCGGUUAUUUGCUUGAUUCGAUUGUCCAAAUCAAAUCCGGGAACAAA